UUGCAGGAAACCAUAUGUUAAACGUCAAGAAAAUUUACUUUUUUUAGCGUUGUCGUCGGAGAACGAAUAUUAUUUUUGCAAUUUUCGUUCGCAUCCAGACAAUUCCAAAGUAUACUUUCGUAUUCUAGCUUGUAUUUUCGUAAUAUCUCCGUAUAAUGCGUUUGUCGUACCGGUACGACCCCAUCCUAACGACCAGCAGUAAAUGACAAAAAUCUAACAUUUGACAGGGAAAUCUAGGAUGUGAGAUUUAUCAUCGUUUUCUUCGAAAAUCUAAACGAAAUUUUUGACGAUAUUAAGAUGGCAGACAGUAAACUUGCUAUUAACAGACCGAGUUCAGCCAGUACUCCCCCAAAUUGUGCAAUAUGCUUAGGAUCGUGCAACAACAAAUGUUUCUCCGACUCGUGCAUGCACCAAUUUUGCUUCCAGUGCCUCUUGGAGUGGUCCAAGAUCAAAGCUGAGUGCCCACUCUGUAAACAAGCCUUCAAAUCGAUAAUACACAAUGUGAAAUCAAACGAGGAAUACGAUGAGCAUGUAGUGGAAGCACCAAGGAACGAGGACCUUAGGUUGUUUACCAACGAGGAGUUUUUAUUUCUACCAUUGUCUCUUACUCCUCAGAGACAUGACACGACAUUUCAUGUUAGAACUACAUUUACUGUCGAUUCGAGAGGCGAACAUGCAAUUCAACAAAUGCUGUUGAGUCAUCCGUUGACUUCUGGAAGACUUACUGUUGACACAGGUUUUCAAAGGUCUAGGAUAUUGCAUCCUAGGAUUAGUUUCAGAAGAUCGAUAUACGAACAAAAUCUUUGGGUAAACGGGGUACCGGACAUAGCGACGCCUUAUAGGGAGUGUUCUCCCACUUUUUUUAGAAAUAACCCAGCUGCCAGACAAAGACUUGUUCCCUGGUUAAAUCGCGAAUUGAACGCCCUCCUUUAUGAAAAUACCCAGUUAAUAAUGCAUGUGGUCGACCUAAUCCUAGACCACCUGCUCAGAUAUCACAUUUGCAGCAGAACGUUCAGAAACCUUCUGAGAGACUACCUCGACACUAAAACCGAUCAUUUUAUACACGAAUUCUAUAAUUUUAUGAGAUCGCCUUACGAUAUGUUUGGAUAUGACAGAAGUAUAAUUUAUACAUCCAGACCUACCUCACCCACACCAGUUCUUGAAGAGGACACUGUUGAAGUUUUCGAUGAUAACAGCAACGAUAGUGAUGUUGUUUUUGUUGGUGAAUCAGCCCACAGAGUGCCUGCAGAGCCUGUCACUAUUAAUUUGGUUGAUACCGAUUCUGAUGAGCCUAUGAUGAUAUCUUCGUGUAAUGAGAUACCGAUGCCCAUUUUGUCGCCAUCGAGAAGGAGCCCCUCUCCCGAAGUCUCUCAAUUGUCACCGCAGCCUUCAGUGUGUUUACCACCCAAAUUACGGUAUAAACACGAAGCCAUACUGGAGAAAGAUAAAAGAAGGUGGUUGAAAAAAAGGCAUAGGCGUAGGUCCUCGUCUAUCAGUUUCUCUAGUAGCAGCAGCGAUACUUCGUGUGAACGAGACAAAGAGUCGUAUAAACGCUACAAAAAGAGGAAGAUGAAAAGCAAGCAUAAAAAACGUUGCUUGAGCCAGAACGCUUUCGAUAGCGACACAGAGGUUAAUAUCACUACCAGUGACUCGGAAGACGAUGACAACAAACCGUUGAUGGACAUAGUGAAAAGAAAAUUGAAGAAAAAGAAAAGUAAGAAGAGCAGUAAAAAAGAGAAGAGGAAAAAAUCAAAGAGCGAGGAGGGUUACCGGUCGAGAGAACAGCCUAAAAAUGAGGCUUCCACACAAAUACAGCCGAUGGAUUUGUCAUUUGAAUCAGUAUCCAAUUCCAGGUACAAGGCAAAGCCGAUGGAUUUGUCCACGGAGACUCCUAGUUGUUCGAGACAUUCCGGUUCUUCGACUAUAUCUUCGAACGGUACACCUGAAUCGACAAAAUCGAAGAAAACCUUUCAAUCGGCCGUGCAAAAGCUCAAAUCCGAACCUUCCACUAGCAGAUACCACGUGGAAAUACCCAAGAGUACCAGGUCCAAGGUGGAGCUCACCGAUAACGGAGCAUAUACGUCGGUAAAAAUCGAAACUUCUAGGGAUCCAACCGACUGUACAGACGAUCUGGCAUCGUCCAGAACGAAGAUCAAGAUCGUGAGGAACGGGAGGAAUAGUCCGAAAAAUGCGAGAUGUAAGUCUGAAGUUCAGGAGUCUGACAGCAGUACUGACGACUACACAAAACCAGCUGUCAAGAGUGAAAUAAGAGAAGUGAAACACGAAAAUCCCGGACCGAGUACUAGUAAGUCCUUGCCCCUGGUAUUUAGAAGAGAACAUAAUAAAUGGUACGUUUUUGGUGAAAGCGACCCAUCAUCCGAUUAACAUUAAGUCCAAUUAAAUACAAAAAAAAA